CAUUCUGGCAUCACGGUAUGGAAACUGACCUAACUUAACCCAAUCCAAACGAAUUUAACCUUAAAAUUAAUGUAUUAAUUCUUUACAUUCAACGGUACAAUUUUUUUCCAAUUACUGAUCGAUAAACUAGAUUGGAAUAAUCAACAAUUUAUUCGUUUCGUGAUGGGAAAUAAGAACAAAUGUUGCCAGCAUAAAGAUAUUUUUGAACGAAUGAAUUAUUUAUACCAGGCUAGUCAUUUGAUAGCAUUAAAGAACAGAGUUGCAGCAUCUUAUUAUGGUAAUAAUAUGCUGGGUUGUGCCAAAAAAGCAGUAUUACGCAUAGAACCAAAUUUGAAGAGGACAAUAUGUAAAUGUUGUCAAACUCCACUUAUACCUGGAGAGACAGCUAGGGUCAGAUUAACAUCUAAACCUAUAAAGGGUGUCAAAUGGACAUGUCUGACUUGUAAGAAUACUAAACGAUUUCCAACGAAAAAAGAAUAUAAAUUAUGGGUUGAUCAACCAGAAGCAGUAGUUGAGACAUUAGAUUAUACAUCAAAAUCAAAGAAUGAAGGCAUCCAAAAACGAAAUUUACAAGAGACUUUAAACACUUGUGGAAAAAGUGAAAACAAUAUAAAUCCAAAGUUAUUUUAAAAAAGUCAGUUAAAGUAUCUCACACACUUCGCAGAGAAAUCGUAGAGAAUACUUUGCAGUUUGGUGUACGAAUAUUUUUUAUUAAUGACUUACAUAAAAUAUGUUACAAUAUUACAAUAAAUUUGUAAUUAAUAAACAGAUAUUUUUGCUAACUGGAAUAUUCAUAACCAUCUAGUAAUAUCAUGAUACCGAUAAUAGUUUUACAUUAAAUGUUCUUAGAAAUAACUCGAUUGUAAAGUUAAGUUACUGCUGUUAUCGAGUAGCGAUACGUUUUUUUUUUUUUUUUUACGGCAAUUGGCGUCUGCGAGGAAUUCUCGAAAAUCACGAUUUGUGCUCUUUGUCAGCCGAGGACGGUUUGUGGAGUCGCUAUUAAAAGUGCAAAGUUGACAUUUCUCGAAGGCAAGAUCGUUUCGCCGUAAUGACAUCGGAAUUCGCCGCGAACGUCAUCACUUCAUCUAACUAUGAUAUGACUAUGUCCGCCCAUCACCAGCGACUCGUGCAAAACCAUUACGAAUUAAAUCAUUGCACUCAUACGUGGGCGCAAUCAAAUCACAGUUUAAUCGGGAAGAAAAUAUAUCAGUCGUUCUCAAGACACAUUUACCUUAAAUAAAUACGCUAAAGCGAAA